UUUAUGUGCGGUCAUUACAAUGAGGACUACAUUUCCCGAAGUGCAGUAUCAGAGGGGCUACCUUUGAGACCGCCUGUGUAAAUUCCUUGUGAAUGAUUCAUCUCAUUUCCUCAACAAAAUAAUGUCCAGUGACGUAGCACUGUGUUGCAUGCGUACAUAUAUUCAACAAUAUUACAACUCUGUGAUGUGAUCCAAACAUAGUUUUACUCUGUCACAAAGGCGGGGUCCUUGCGUCCCGGUAUGCACAACUCGUUUGGCGAGCUGUCCAAGUUAUUGAGAAGUUGUGACGAGAGUUUUCGGUUGAAGUGCGUUCACUCCGAGAUACUCGGGCACUCUUCGGCCUGUUUUUAGUGUUGACGGUUAUAUUUUCUGCUUGUGGCCGUAAGAAGAAACUUUGAGCAUGGACGUGGUUAGAGUGCUGGGGUUGCUACUGCUGUGUUUAUCCGAGCGGUUUCUAGUCGUCGCGUUCUCCCAGUCUCUGGACAGCGACUUCACCUUCACACUUCCCGCUGGACGGAAGGAGUGCUUCUUUCAAACCAUGAAAAAAGAUGCAUCUCUAGAAAUUGAAUAUCAGGUUCUGGAUGGUGCUGGUUUGGAUGUUGAUUUCUACUUGUCCUCGCCUAGAGGUCACAUACUGGCCAGCGACCACAGGAAAUCUGACGGGGUUCAUACGGUCGAAACAGAAGAGGGUGACUACAUGUUCUGCUUCGAUAACACAUUCAGUGCUGUGUCUGAGAAGAUCAUCUUUUUUGAGCUGAUUUUGGACAAUAUGGAUGAUGGAGAGGAUCCCGAGGAUUGGAAGGAGUACGUCCACGGCACUGAUCUCUUGGACAUGAAACUGGAGGACAUUAUGGACACUAUAAACAGUGUAAAGGCUCGUCUGGGAAAGAGUGUGCAGAUUCAGACCGUACUGCGAGCUUUUGAGGCACGAGACCGUAACCUGCAGGAGAGCAACUAUGAACGUGUAAACAUUUGGUCCUGUACCAACCUGGUCGUCAUGGUAAUCGUAUCCGGGAUACAGGUGUACCUGCUUCGCAGUCUCUUUGACGACAAGAGAAAGACACGCACAUAGCCUCCUUCUCUCUGCACUGAAGAGAAGUAUCACUGUCUAUGGCAAGAGACUAUACAACACACAACACACACACACACACACACACACACACACAACACACACACUGUCCGUCCCCUCCUGUCUUGCUCCAUCUUCAGUGGCCUUAAGAUGAAGGAACAGGCGAAGAACAUGAUGAAAACAGACCCUGUCUCUCUCUCUCUCUCUCUCUCUCUCUCUCUCUCUCUCUCUCUCUCUCUCUCUCUCUCUCUCUCUCUGUACUGUGUUAAGACAAUCGGUGUGUUUGUCCACUCUGACUGUUCUGUGGUGGAUGUGCUGUACCAGGAUCAGCUGUCCGUCAAUACUACUCACAGAGGGAUCUCUGACUUUUUCAAAAAAACACUAGACGAUUACAGUUAUUUGUUGUUCUUUCUAACGGACUGAUUUUUAUGGUGGUUUUUAGUUUAACUCUGUAUUGAGCUGAAAUCUUCUAUCACUGUACUUUACAGCCAAACACAAGUAACCCAGACACCACCCUCUGUCUUAGGGUGGAGGAUGUUGGACGGAGGCUCCACCAUUCUGUGUGAGGGUUGGCGUCACAGGCUGUUGUGUUACUGGACAGGGGCAGAUUCUCUGAAAACCUCAGGAUGGCGCCCUGCCCCAUUGGGUCAUUGUAACUCGCUGUGCUAUCUGACCCUAGGUCAGCCUGACUGUGUCACAGAGCGAUUCUCACACAGUCUGCUCUAAACACUUAAAGCAUACACACACACACACACACGCACACACCUCUACCCUGAUACUGACUCUGUGGCUAGUCACACUCAUUCUUAGAAGCAUGGUCAGUCUGCUGUACAGACAUGUGGAGCAGGGGAGAUGACACUGUAAAUCACCAGACUGUCCACCAGAAUACAUGACCUAGAAACCACCGCCCCAUAAAUCAGCCCCCGCCCCUCUGUCACCCGCCUGUCAGAGAAACAGGAGACCGCAUGACUGAAGGGGCGGCUCUGACUCCCACCAGCAGGCUCCUCAGAGGACUGUGAGGAGAAGAAAGAGGAGUGUUUGAAUCAGGUCAGGGAGGAGAAGCCUCUCCCCACUCGCAAAGGAGGCGUCUGCGGGUUUGAGGUGCAAGGUGCCAUUUGGGCUCAACAGUGUGAGCGUUUCACUGACAUUUGCGACUAAAAAUAGAUGUGUGUGAACUGUGAAAUGGAUUUAGGAACACGUGUGUGAAUAAAAAGUGUUACAAAAUUCA